AUGGUGAUCGAAGCCAUCAAAGAUGCCGAAUUGAACACGAUCCAAGUCCUUGAUGUAACGGCUACUCAGGGCGUCUUAUUCAGUCAAUGGUAUAAUCUCAAGUGCCUGCGACCAUAUACAUCAUUCAAAGCCUUGGGAUUCGUCUCACUACGAAUGGAGCCAUUGGAAUGUGGCUUUCCUCCCAUGCCAACUUGCCGGCUUGAGGACCUCAUUUCGCGGAUGCUGGCUAGGUUGCCACGACUGGAACACCUGUUCAUCGCAACAACUUCAUGCUCGCGGGGAUGCUGUCGCGACGACGGCACAAGCUUGGAUAUAGCCAUGUUCUUAUUCCUGACGGGGCGCACAUUUCGCCGUCUAGUGUCUCUUGGCGUAGAAGGCUCCCAGGUCUAUGCCGAGAGCUUGUCGGGUUUCGUACGCAAGAACAAAAGACUUCGCCGUCUGGAAUUUCGCAAAUGUUGUCUGAUGGACGGAAAGGAGGAGAGUGCCUGCGCUGCUAUCAAAGCUGGUACCGGCCUCGAUGAUGUGCAGACAGACAUGUUCAUGGAGAAGAUGUACCGGGAGUCUUAG